AUGUCCGAGCAACAGAUCGUCCCUCAUAGCGCCGGCAGGCAGCUACCCCGUCCUCAGUUCUCAGUCGCAGUAUCCCAGAUCCUGGCUUGUCUAACUUGCAUCCAAGCCAACGUCGCUGACUGGAUCCGCACUGGGACCCAGUAUGGAUUUGGUCCCCGCUUUACGUUCCGUUGUCUUCAGGACUCCGGAGAGUCAAAUGAUUGCCAGCGUUGUCAUCAAACCGGGACCGCCUGCGAGCGGGUUCCCACCGGUAUCGAGGGGCACCUUUAUGAACUCCUCGCCUUAAUCGCCUGGUUGAACUUGAUGUGGGGAUCUUACGAUCCCACUAACGCGUUUUCUGACGCGUUCGUCCCGACUUGGCUGCUUCCCUCCCCUUUUCUUGCCGAGCUAGGAGAUGAGAUUAGACGGCUCUGCUCUUCCUUCCGGCUUCUCGCGCGAAACCACAUCUUCGAGCAUGGUAUCCACCCUGGCUGCUCACGUUCUCGCCGUACUAGGUACCGGAACUGGCUCCUGCACCGUCAACCCCUCCCGUCAAGUGUCGAACUGGACGGCUCUCCCGAGGCUUUUGCAGAAUUUUCAAUGUCCAAGCACAAGUCCACGGGCACUGAAGAUCAUGUCUAUCACUGGUACGGGGCCGUUGUGAGCUUCCGUCGGAGGGUAAUUGAAAUCGUCGACGAGGGUACACUAUACUCUGCUCAUGAAGCAGAGUAUGCGGACCGGCUUAACCGGUUUCCAGCUCAGAUCCUGCCCGUGGAGCUCCGGGGCCUUGGUCUCCGCUCCUCCCGGUCCGCUCACUAA